UUUAGGCGAUAAAUGCCACACCCGAGCACUACAUGUAGUUAAACCGAAGUUGGCGCGAGCUUUUCGUAAUAAAGUUGGUCGAGGUUUAUUGACUAUUUAGCCGAUCACAAUGAAGUUAUAUCUGUGGAUCUUUUUGCUUGCAGGUUUUGCAUUUGGAGCCAGUGCGCAAGGUUUUGAUCUUGGGGAUGCCAUUGAUGAUGAUGAUGAUGGUGAUGUCAACCCUAAGCCAACACCUCCUGCCAAAAAAACACCCGACGAUGAAUUUGAUCUAGGUGAUGCCCUUGGUCCUGACACAAAGACUGAAAAACCAAAAAUAGUCCGUCCCAAAGAUGGAGGAACUGGAGGUGGUUCCUUUGGGGAUGAUGACCUGCUUGAUGCGAGUCAGAAUGGCUAUAAGCCUGAUCCAGGCAAAGGAGGUAAAGGUGGAGGUCGUAUUGCCGACCCCUCAGGAGGGGGUGGAGCUGCCCAGCCUCAGGAAAACCAAAACCCUGGUCAAGUUGCUGGUAUUGUGAGUGCACUCGGGGUGGCACUGAUCGGUGCAGCAUCCGGUUACAUUGCAUAUCAGAAGAAGAAACUUUGUUUCAAAAUGCAAGGUGGUGACCCAGAGAGGGGUGUUAACACCCACCGUGGGAAUCAGUCAGAAAGCAAUGUUCUCAGCAAUCUUCUCAGAAUAUCUUAAUAUCUUUCCUGGUAAGACUACUGGAAGCAACAUACAAAACUUCACGUGUUCUAGAAGCGAAACCGAACACUAGAAAAAAUGUUUUUUUUAUUUGUUGUUUUGUUUUUUUUUAACUAUGAUUCUAAAUGUCCUAAACAGCGUUUAUUUCUCCUGUGUUUUAAGAGUUGUUAUGGAAAAAGACAGGUGCUUAUUUUUCCUCAAAGAAUUGACACAAGCAAUAAUUAUUAUGUAAUGUUUUGAAUGUUCAUUUGCAAACUGAACGGUUGUCAAAAUUAAUUUAAGGAUGUUGUCCAAUGAUACUUUGGAAAUGAAGUUAGGCUAAUAAUGUUAAAAAAUAUUUUUAGGUAAUGUAUAUUUUGUAUAAUUGCACUUUUCAUGAUGUACUUGAUGUACAGGUUUGAAUUUAAAAUGGUGACCAACUCACCAUUACGUGUACGUUCUUAUAUAUUUUUAUUUUUUUUUAAAUCACAUCUCCCAUACCUUUGUCUUAGUACCUACAUUAACAGUCUGUGCUGUAAAUAUUUUUAUUCUCUAUGUAUAACAGUAAUUUGUCAGAAAAAAUGCAUCAGUCUAAUUAAUUGAUUUGUAUGUGUGAUGCAAGAAAUGCCUGCAUUUUUAUUAACAUUUACAUUCCAAUUAAGAACCAAAGAGACACAAGCAAAGGUAUAAAACUGAAAUUGUUAUUCAUCUUCUGCACAGAGCUUAUAUUUCAGUUUGGAGUAAUCACAUGUACCUUUUAUACAUUCUGCAUUUUCUUUUAAUGUUACAGUGGUAGCUAUGACAAUUGGCACUCCAAUAAGACAUCUUCUAUUGUCCAACUCCAAAAACAGAUGGAAGGAUAAUGAAAUUCUAUUAGCUAAUUUUAAUAAGUGACAGUAUAAGUCAUACUAAAUGAAUAUUGAUUGGUAAAUGCUUACUAAUAUAUUCUGUCCCCUCACAUUGUGGACGCAAUGGUUUGUUCAGCUCUUCUCUGCGGACCAAAUAAAUGUUUGAUUACGUACAUGUUCCUUUCCGGGGUAGAACCAUCUGUAAGAAUGAAAGCGGGCAGGUAUCAAUGUUACAAUAUUGGAAUUGUAACUUCAAUUUGUGCAGUUAACUUGGUCCAAAAUAAUAAAGGAUUAUUACAAACCUAAA